AUGUCUUUACGGACGGCACUACCCGGGAACGAGCGGAACCCGGACCAUGUAAGUAGACCACAUCAGUCCAUCAGAAAUACCGACUCAUUCAUCCCGUCCAGAACCUCCAGGCCCACAGAUCAGUCUGCCUGUUCAAACGGACCCAGAGUCUGAUCUGGACCGGGCUGGACCGGAUCUUGAGGUGUUAAAGAUCAGAAAUAAUUGAUCACUUUUACAAAUAUCAGGUUUUCACCCACCGGCGUCCUCACUGCGCAUGUCCGUUUGACUCCUCCAGCUGAUCAAUAAUAAAUGGAUCUGAUGCAAGGCCCCCAUCCCUCUCCACACCCUCCCUCCCUCCCUCCCUCCCUCCCUCCUCUCUCACCUCCAUCAUGAAUCCUUUUGUACCUCCUGGGCCUCCGUACCUCUGAUCCCUCUGAACGGGUCUGUGAAAUCUGCUGUGUCAGGCCGGUCUGGGAGGACCAGGGUCUGUUAGAGGGUCUUUGGGGGGUCAGGACUUCAGGUUACAUUUCUGUCUUUAUAACAGACCUGCAGUCUAACCUCUAACCUGUUCAGGCAUCAUGUCUGUCCAGAGGACCCCCACCUUUCUCUCAAGGACACCGAGCUGACACCACCCCUCACUUCUCCACCUUGAGCUGCAGCCGACCAAACUCCGACUCACUUCCUCCAAAUUUAACACUAAAAUUAGUCACACCGUCACUAUCAGGUGAUUUUGACCUGAAAUAAUAAACCAAAGAAAAAGUCAAUGACAUCAAAAUAAAUCAAAACCCGACGAGUGAAAGUCGUUUUAUGUUUUUAACUGUUUAACGUCUAAAGGGAGGAGAAAAAGGGACCAUUUAAAAAAACAACAAAAUAACUGGAAUCAGACAUUCAUCAACAACAAAUAUAAUAUAAACUGUAAAGUGAGUUUCUUUUCCACCCAUCCCUGCGGUAUGUGAGUCUUCUCAGGGUCCUCGGCACAAAAACAGGAGAGAGAACCGAAACAUGUCAGAUUUGGAGUAAAAAUGACUCCAAUAUUUCCUCUCACCAUCAGAAUCCCCUUAAAAUCACGACUCUGUGAUAGUUACUCAUAACCACUGUGUUAAAUAAAGAGAGCAGGUAAACUCCAGGACCGCUCUGACUGAAAACCAACUCAAUAAACAAUCACUAAGUUAAAGGAACCUUAACUCUGUGUCACUCAGAGACGUCCACCCUGUGACAGGACCACAGCUGGAGUCCAUGCAGGGAGGGUAAAUAUGACGUCCUGAAGGUUGUCUGCCCUGAAAUGCAGUAAGAUCUAGGGAUGCACGAUAUUUAUCGGACCGAUAAAAUAUCGGCCGAUUUGGGGGGAAAUUACGUCAUUUUUUAUCGGUCCGAUAGGUGCAUUUUUCCGAUAGAAAGAUCCGAUAUAUUAAUGAAAUUACGAGUAACGUUUGCAGGCGGAGUAGCCGCCCGUCCGAGACGCGCUGGUUACGUCAUCUAUCGCGCCUUACUCGCAGGUCCCAAGCCUGACCCCGUCACUACCUGACUGAUAAUUAAAUGUCUUCACCAGCAUGGUCGUUUCUCUCAGUGGCAGAAGAUGACAACAGCUGCUAUAUGCAAAACCUGUUCAGCGAGGAUUCCGAGAGGAGGAAAGAAGACGUCAAGUUUUAACACAACGAAUCUGAUAGCUCAUCUGAAAAGUCGCCAUCGCGGCGAAGCGGUAUUAAAGGACUAUGAGACAGCCGCCGAAGCCGCUAGCGGUACUAAAGCUAAGACAACAACACUACGGAGGAUCGAUGUCCCCACUCAGCAGGCGUUUAAAAACUGCAAAAGCUUCUCAAGAGACAGCGAAAAGGCUAAAGCCAUUAACGACAAAGUGAUGGAGUUCAUAGCGGUCGACGACCAGCCUUUUUCCGUCGUUGAGAACCCGGGUUUAAUAGCACACUUGGAGCCACGUUACACUCUCCCAAGCCGCCGCUUCUUCUCGGAUGUGUCUCUUCCUGCACUCUAUGAUAUUGUCGCCACAUACAUUCACAACCUGAUCGACAAGAACGGACUACACGUGAGUUUUACCACAGACAUAUGGACGUCAGAUGUUAGUCCGGUCAGCAUGCUAAUCCUAACGUCUCAUAAUGGCUCCUUUACAGUUUACAGUUCUGUUGAACAGUUCAGGGGAUCAAAUGAAGUUCUGCUUUUUGCUCUGUUAUUGUUAUUUAUAGCAAAUGACCACAUUUGAAGAGCCAAAAACUUUAGUUUGUUGUUCUAGAUAGGCCAGAGCAACAAAAAUAUCAGUUUUCAAUCGCUGCAUCCUGCACAAACUGCAGAUUAUAUGAAGAUUAUAAUAAAUGUAAAAAUAUGAAUUUAUCGGUUAUCGGUAUCGGCCAUGAGAAGAAGAAAAUUAUGGGUUAUCGGUAUCGGUUGAAAUUUUUCAUAUCGUGCAUCACUAGUAAGAUCACCUGCUUUUAUACUCUAUCACUGUUGUGAUCGGGUGAGAAUCAGCCUGUGAACCCGUGUCUGUAGGAAAAGCAGGUUCUGGAUCAGAGAAACUAAGAUGUCUUCAAAGAUGUCAAAGGAAACGCUGAAGAUACUCAGACAAACACAACAUCAUGAAGAUCACCUAAAACAUGUUUGAUCGGUUAAAAUCACCCUGUCAUCGUCUUCUAGGGUUAAAGAGUCAGUGCUCUGCUGCUGUGACCCCAAUUUAUCUCGGUGUGUCUCCUGUGGGGGGGGUCUCUCUGGUCCAGGUCUUCACUUUGACCCUGUUUCACAGUGUUGUAUUUUAGAGUUUGUGGUGGUAGCUGCAGGCCGUGACGUGAGUCUUCAGAGUCUGCCAUGGGAAAAUAUUUGAGAAUGGUUCCUGAACACGAGGCUCUGCUGCUCAGGGGCAUGUUCUGUCUGCAGGGAGAGGAGCCCAGGAGGUUCACGUGGGAGGAGAUCCUCCGACCUGCUGUGUGACUUUGACAGAGGAGCUGCUGCAGAUUCUGACAGGGAGGUGUUUAUUAUCUGGAGUCUCCGUCACGUCCCUCAUACACAGACUCUGAUCUCCAUGUGGAGCUUCAGACAGGUGGUGUCAGACCACACCCUGACGUAGGACUGUCACUGCGUUUAGACCGAGCCCUUUGGUUCCCGUUACAGUCAGGAUUUAGACCAGCAGGACUCUCCAGGGUCUGGUUUUGAGGUCUUCUGCUGUGUUACGGUGACUCCUCUCAUCGGCUGUAACAGGAUCUGGAGCGUCUGCUUCCCUUCAACAAAACAGGACACUGGGGUUUAGGUUCGUUUGUAUCGGUGACUCCUUUAAUUAUCCGUCUGGUUUGAGUGUUAAAACAGUCAUUUAUUGUUCAGAACAGGAAAGAGAACAGACUGAUCCAGGUCCGAAAUCUUUGUCUUCUAAUGAAAAAGUGAUGAGAUGAAAAUGAGGUGAAAACAGGACGAGUGAAAUGAGGAAAAACAGAAACAGAAAAUAAUCAGAGCUUACAAAACCCACCUGUGUGAGAUUUAAAUAAGAACCACACCCCUCAGUGACCACACCCCUCAGUGACCACACCCCUCAGUGACGUACCUUAGUAGAAAUCAUAUCCUAAAUGAAUCUGUUUCGGCUCCUUCAGGAUCAGUUCUCCAGCGGAGGACCUGCAGUAGCUCAGACGUUUGUUUGUGGUUUAGAGGAGGUCCUGCAUGGAGGUGGACUUUGAGUCUCAGCAGCUCUGUGCUCGUGUUAGUCACAUUAACACUCAGCAGGUUUGGAUAUGAAGGAGCUUCUUACAGGGACAAACUCAGACAGCAGAGUGACGACUGAGCAUGCUCAGUCACAAUCCACUCUCACCCGCAACCUCACCAUGGCGACGACAAGGGGUCCUUUAUGACCUCCUCACUCGACUCUGAAGGCGCCCUCACAAACACAGAGUCUGAGGUUCGAUCAGGAAUAUUGGAAAUUUAUUGAUCAUUAAGUUUAAGAAUCAAACUGAAGACUUGAUGAUCUUCAUGUUGAACUUCAGGUUUUUAUACGUUUAAGAACAUUUUUGAGCAGAACCUCCUGACAAACCUGCAAACAUUAUCAACGACAUCGACGCUCCAGAGCUGAGAUCAUUCAUCAGUGAGAGAUAAUGAGACCACAGCAGACAUGACAGACAGACAGAGAGUUCACAGCAGCGUCCAGAACUCUCAGGUUCUUCUGACGUGGACUAAAAACAGACUUUGGUUCUGGUGUUAAAGAUACUCAGAGUUAAAGUCCAUCAUCUCCUCAAAACCUGAUGAUACUUCAGUAAAAAUAACAGUACAUGACCUCAGUGAUCUUGUCCUCCUCCUCCUCCUCGUGUUCGUUUGUUGGUGAAGUUCUGACCCGUUCAUUCAGAUUGAAGAGGAUCAGUUUUUUGUCUUUUAGGACGUUCAUGUUUUAAUGAAGAUCCUUCAUGUUUAAUGGGAGUCAAUGACAAACAUUCAAACCUGAGUUUAAAGGAAGUGACUCGUAGACUCUGAGCAGAUGGAUGAUGAAGUGAAGUCCAGAUUUUACAUGAAGAAGUGACAGAGUUAGUUUUUACGGUGUGUCCUUAAACUCAUCACACUGACCUCAGAUCUGCUCCUCUCUCCUCUCACCUGUCAGGUCCUCAGGUGUCGCUCAGGUGUCGCUUUUGUCUCUCAUUGUGUUUCUGUUUUUACGGACUGAUUGUUGUGCUGAGGUUCGAGGAACGAGGACGUCUGUUUCUGAGGGGACUGUGUGUGUGUGUGUGUGUGUGUGUGUGUGUGUGUGUGUGUGUGUGUGUGUGUGUGUGUGUGUGUUUAAACACAGAGCUGUAAUCAUGACCAGUGAAGGUGAACUGAGCGUCUGUGUCGUCUGUGUCUGUGAGGACAGACAGACAGACAGACAGACGGUGUUGUUUCCUCUCCUCUGGGUUAGUCAUGAGGCUGAAAUCGUGUCAGAGAGAAAAGGAGGAACUGAGGAGGACCAGAGGAGGAGGAGGAGGAGGAGGAGGAGUGUUGGUGCUUGUGUGCACUUGUAUAAAGCCGUCAUGUCUUUGUGUUCUGGACAAGACAAAGAUUCACCAGAACACGCCGCCCUGACUUGUUUCCCAAAGCUGGUGCCCUCCUCUGAUGCCCCCGCCCGCCGGCGUCCGCUCCACCCAGAAACACAUCAGCUCCCAAACAGCCCGGGGUCUGGAUCAUCUGGUCCACUCAGGUCUGCUGAUCCGUGCGUGAUUGCUCUCAAAUUAGGCAGGUUGAUAUUGGAUGACCUAUAUCGGACACAAUGGCGUGCUGACGUCGGCUGUUCUGUAAAUCCGCCAGCUUAAACCAACUCAAACGGGUUUGGAGUUUUUGGUGCAACAGCAGCUCAAAGGUCAGAGAAGUGGGCCAGUUCCCCGUAAAGGUCCGGCUUAAGUCCCUGGAGAGGUGACUGAGCCGCCAUCUGUCUAGACCGUACGUUUACCUCCUGGGCGGGCAGGAGAGCGGGCAGGAGGGCGGUCAACCUUUUGGCGAUUCUUCUCAAUGGUUAGUUUUGGCGUAUGUUUGCCGAGCUCAGCAGAUCUGAGGUGGUGGAGUCUGAAUGUGAAGCAGGUCGGUUCUGGAAAAAGAGCUUAAGAGAUUUGGCAGAGCGUCCCGUUAAUGACUCAGCAGAGCCAGAAAUUAGGCCUGAACUUUCACCGCCGCCUCCUCCUCCUCCUCCUCCUCCGCCUCCUCCUCCUCCGCCUCCUCCUCCUCCUCCUCCUCCUCCUCCUCCUCCUUCUCUCUCCGUUAGUCUGAAAACUUUCACCGCCGAGGUUCUGAAGUCUGUUUGACCUUUUUUAGUUAAACCGUGUCGUUGUUGUUGUUGUUGUUUUUAAACAGCUGUUUCUGUCCGUUUUUUAUCUUCUGGUGUUUUUCUUCAGUUCAGACUUUGAGGUCAUUAUUAAAGGACCUUCAGUGGCUCUCAGUCAGACUGUCCUGUUGAUCAUGUGAGGGGCCCCUCAGCUCUCUGUAGACCCUCAGGCCUGUACAGUUAAAGCAGAUCUAUAAUCUUCUCUCUCAAACACGUUGUCCUCUCUCCUGUCCUCUCUCCUGUCCUCUCUCCUGUCCUCUCUCUUGUCCUCUCUCUUGUCCUCUCUCUCCUGUCCUCUCUCCUGUCCUCUCUCUCCUGUCCUCUCUCCUGUCCUCUCUCCUGUCUUCGUCUCUCGUCUUUAUUUCCUGUGGUGGUUGAACAUCAUCUUCACAUAGAUGUCUCUAUGGUCAUUCACUUAGCUGUUUGAGGACCACAGAGUCUGUUUCUGAGAUGUUCUGGUCCACCAGAGGAAGUUCUGCAGGAGAAACAGCUGAUUAUAGAUUUCAGAGUGUUUGUUAGAGGAGAGAGAGAAAGACUGAGCUUCACAUCAGCAUCUCUGUAAGAGUGUUUAUCUUUAUUAUCUUUAUUAUCUUUAUUAUUAUUAUUAAGUUAUAGUGGUGCAACGGAUCACAAAACUCACGGAUCGGAUCGUUCCUCGGAUCAAGAGUCACGGAUCGGAUCAUUUUUCGGAUCAGCAAAAAGAAAAAAAAACAAGACAAAUAAAAUAUAUAAAAGUAGUGCACAGGGCAUAAUAUCUUCUUUUUAACAUAAUUAUUAAUGAAAAACAACUUAAAGUACAAUAUACAGGCAUAUCUCCUUCCUUUAAAAUGUAACAAUGAACCAAAAAUGAAGUGUGUGCGCGAUGGGAUGUCGUAACGUGGCUCAAGCACUUUCAGCAUGUUUUUAAAGCACUCGUUUUGCACAACUGAAUACGGCCUCAUGUCUGCAGCUAUAAACACACCGAUAGAGUUUUUGAAAGCUUUAGCCUGGUCGGAUUGCGCAGGAAGAGGCUGCUUAAAUGCUGCGGUGAUGAGCGGUUGUUGGGCAGCUUUCGUUUUAUCUCAGGUGUUAUGCCAAAGAAUGCACCCCUGCCGUAUAGUGCACCCCCUAACGGGAGCGCGGUUGAAAGUACAUAACAAGGCGAAAUAAUACAAGUUUUCCUUACGUUGGAUGUAUUCAACAGCGUUUGCCUUUAAUAAUUUCAUUCAGGCUAUUCAUAUCAAAUAUGAGAUCAUUAUCUCCACUUUAAGAAGCUAACGGGUGGAGGGGAUGCAGGGGGUGCGUUCUACGGCAGGGGUGCAAUCUACGGCACAACACCUGUCAGUAAAACACCCGGGUGAUGUCGCUUCAAAUGCGUGAACAUGCUCGAUGUGUUUCCACUGUCAUAUGGCUUUCUUAUGCCACAGUGCCUACACUCCGUCGCAGUUUUGUACACUGACCUCUUUCCUCCUUCAUCAUAAUUGACAGGGAAGCCAAAAUGCUCCCAUACAGGGGAUUUAAGUGUCGCGGGGCGUUCGAGCUCCUCCUUUCUCCGCUUUCAGAAAUCGAUCCGCGGAUCACAUGUGUGCCGAACCGAACACGUCGAUCCGAACGGAUCACGGAUCAAUGAUGAUCCGUUGCACCACUAUUAAGUUAUUAUUAAAGGGCAACUGAGUGUUAGACUCAGUUAGCUCUCCCUCUCUCUCUCUCUCCCUCCCUCUCUCUCUCUCUCUCUCUCUCUCUCUCUCUCUCUCUCUCUCUCUCUCCCUCUCUCUCUCUCUCUCUCUCUCUCUCUCUCUCUCUCUCUCUCUCUCUCUCUCUCUCUCUCUCUCUCUCUCUCUCUCUCUCUCUCUCUCUCUCUCUCUCUCUCUCUCUCUCUCUCUCUCUCUCUCUCUCUCUCUCUCUCUCUCUCUCUCUCUCUCUCUCUCUCUCUCUCUCUCUCUCUCUCUCUCUCUCUCUCUCUCUCUCUCUCUCUCUGCGGCCUGGUCAUGACUUCCUCUUCACAGUCGUCUCUUUAGUUUCCUGUUUCAUCAUCAGCUGAACCUCUCCUCCUCUCCUCUGCUCCUCUGCUCCUCUUCUCCUCCUCUCCUCUGCUCCUCUGCUCCUCUUCUCCUCUGCUCCUCUGCUCCUCUCCUCUUCUCCUCUGCUCCUCUGCUCCUCUUCUCCUCUUCUCCUCUUCUCCUCCUCUCCUCUGCUCCUCUGCUCCUCUCCUCUGCUCCUCCUCUCUUCCUCUCCUCUGCUCCUCUUCUCCUCUCCUCUCCUCCUCUCCUCCUCUCCUCUUCUCCUCUGCUCCUCUCCUCUGCUCCUCCUCUCUUCCUCUCCUCUGCUCCUCUUCUCCUCUCCUCUCCUCCUCUCCUCCUCUCCUCUUCUCCUCUGCUCCUCUCCUCCUCUCCUCCUCUCCUCUUCUCCUCUCCUCCUCUCCUCUUCUCCUCUGCUCCUCUGCUCCUCUCCUCUGCUCCUCUCCUCUUCUCCUCUUCUCCUCUGCUCCUCUCCUCAUCUCCUCUCCUCUGCUCCUCCUCUCCUCUGCUCCUCUCCUCCUCUCCUCCUCUCUUCCUCUCCUCUGCUCCUCUGCUCCUCUCCUCUGCUCCUCCUCUCCUCUGCUCCUCUGCUCCUCUCCUCUUCUCCUCCUCUCCUCUGCUCCUCUUCUCCUCCUCUCCUCUGCUCCUCCUCUCCUCUGCUCCUCCUCUCCUCUGCUCCUCUCCUCUGCUCCUCCUCUCUUCCUCUCCUCUGCUCCUCUCCUCCUCUCCUCUGCUCCUCUGCUCCUCCAACCCUCUGACUCCUGGAUCUACGUCAGUGAACCCAAACGGACCCGCUUCAGUUCUGUGACGGUGUGAGUCGGGUUAGUUUGGUUCUGACCGAGUCCUCAGCUGUGUGUCCUCUUAUCCAGGUUCAUGUCCAGAACCGCACUGACAGUCCUGGUACGUAAACCUUUGAGUCCAGGAUCAACACGGGGGGGCGGGUCCAAAAACCCUCUGAUGGUGGGGGGGUGGGGGUGGAGACAGAGCGCUCUACAUCUGUGGACAUGACUGUCUCAGAACCGUUCUUGGACUAACCGGUCCGACUGGUUCAAGGCUCGGAGAUUAAAAUCAGAACAAAGUGACGUCAUGUUCAGCAGAUAUUGAUCAGAUAUUGAUCAGAUAUUGAUCGACCUGCAGGUUCAGACGCCGUCAUGCAGACAGAGAUGAAGACGUUGUUGUUUUACGUCAGAGCGAAGAUCAGCUGAACCUCCUGAUAGAUCAGACUGUGAGGGUCUCAGUGACUCAGCAGAUUAGAACCGGGUCAGUACAGAGACCCAGAACCCCGAGUCUGGCCCAGGAGUGAGUCAGCUCUGAUGUAGAUCCACACAGAACAGAUCUGAGAUCUGAGCCGGUCCGCCUCGGUCUGGUCCGAUCAUCAUCACAGUCCUGCAGCCUGAGAGGAGAUCCUGCUGAGUCAUGUGGCAGAUCUCCAGAGGCUCACACUAAACUGUGUGUGUGUGUGUGUGUGUGUGUGUGUGUGUGUGUGUGUGUGUGUGUGUGUAGCACAGACAGAGGAAUCCUGUUACACUUUGCGUACUGCAGCAGUCAGAGUGAAGUCUGCGCUCACAGAUUUUCUUCGGCUGGUUUUGACUGAAACUGUUGGAGGUUCCUCACCAGGACAAGGACUGUCAUGGACCUCAUUAUGGACCUCAUCAUGGUGGUCCUCAGGGUCAGGCGGCCAUGUUUGAGCCUCAGUUUUAGUCGGCCUGUCCUUCUCUGACAUGUUUUUGUUUUCGGCCUCAGUUUCCUCGUGGAGGAUGACAGGAAGUGUUUAGUGAGCGUUGUCGUGGACAUCUGACAUGUCUGCUGUCAUCACGCUGACAGGAAGUGACGCAGGCUGAGCUCAUGUAACUUCCUGCUGCUCUUGACACACAGUCCUGAUGGAGGAUUGAGAAAUGAGAGGCUGAUUCAGAUCCUCAGACAUGGAGAUGUUUGAGGGUCAGCAGAGAGGAACCGGUCUGAGGGGGACCUGAGGAAAACCUUCAGGACUUUUUCCUUCAUUUAGACAUGACGUGAUGAGCUCUGGGAACACUGGGAGUUCUGGGACAUUCCCAGUGACCUGAGGAACCUUCAUCCUGCCAUGAGCGGUCAGUCAGUCAGUCAGGAUGAAGGUUUACUCAGACCCGACUCUUCGUACCCGACAUGAUGAACCCUGAAGUUAUUCUGAUCCCAGUCUGCCUCCUCAGGGUAAAGGUCACUGGAGCGGGUCAGAACCACCAUGACGGAUCAGAACCAGUGAAGAACAGAACUGAACAGACUCAUUUCCUGAGAGUCAAAGUCUGACGUUUCUCCUCUUUGUGUCGUCGUCUCUCUGAUGAGUUACGCUGAAGAGACUUUGUGUCUGCUGUGACAUGUGACAGGAGGAGGUGUGUGUGUGUGUGUGUGUGUGUGUGUGUGUGUGUGUGUGUGUGUGUGUGUGUGUGUGUGUGUGUGUGUGUGUGUGUGUGUGUGUGUGUGUGUCAGGUCUGAAGCCACAAGGCCGAGAGCCGCAGCAGCGAGGAGAGAAAAGGAAGUGGACUGACACUGAGGACGGCUCAAGGUCACACCACUCGCCUGCUGGGGGACGCCGUCACACACACACACACGUCCGGCCUCUGCUCAAUAUCACCCUCACACACACACACACACACACACACACAGACUGCAGGGUGUGGUCUGUUGUUUGUGUUGGUCCUGCUGUUGUUUCAGACCUCAGUAACAAAGAGGAGGUUAUUUAAAGACCAUCAGUCAUUUAUGAUCAUUUCUUCAUGGAAAUAUAAUCAGAAAGUCAAAGUUUAGUAACAGAACCUCAUUGAAAAAUUAUCUGAUUUAACUUUACUGUGCUCUUGUUCAAAUAUAUUAACUCAACAGCACAUAAAUCCAUACCUGUUAACAAAAUCAUGAUUUUAUUGAUAAUUCGGCUCAAUAAUAAAAACACCUUUACCUUUUCAUUUUACUACAGUAGAAGUUUAUUGGCCCAGUUUAUAGACUACAGAAGUGGAGAAACGCCCCCGCUUAAGUUUAUGUUUUCUGAAUAUAGUACUAUGUCUGUGACCCUAUAUGUCCUGUUGAUGAAGUUAGGUGCUGUUCUGAGCAUUAUUUGUGGCUAUAGAGUGGCGUUUUGGUUGGGGGCGUGGCUCUCUGUAUUACUAUCCUGCGGUCGUUACUAAAGUUGGUAUAACUAGAGAAGGAAGCGGUCGACAACAUUCAUCUCUGGAGGGGGGGUCUAACUCGGUGACCCUGAGUUAAUUUUACUCCAGAAUAUCCCUUUAACAGGUUUUAAGAUGAACCAUCAAAACCUCUACAGACCAGUUAUCAGCUGGUCCAGAUGACCUGAUCUCUGGAUCUCAGACCGGGUCACUGCUGCUUCUGUAAUGUUGUUCCUGGUGGUUUGGGGGGCGUGUCCUCUGUACUGGAGGGGAGGACCUAAAGGAAAACCAUGACCUGCAGACUGUGCAGGUGUUGACAGGUUUAUUGUAGACCCGUCUGACUCAGAUGUUUGACAUACUGAUGUUGUUGGACUGACGUCAGACUGUGAUCAGGAUCAACCACACAGACCUCUGAGGGGAGGGACUUCCUGUUGAUUUGGUUUAUGUAAGACUGACUCGACCCGGUUUGGGGACAGUGUUGGUUCUGUCUUCUCUGCAGUGAUGGACCUCAUCCUGUAGUAUUUUUAUAAUUAGUCCUUAAUUGUCCGUCGUACUGAUGAGGAGGAAGGAAAUCUGGGGAUGAAGAUCCUGAGCCGAGAAAAUUCAAUUUCUUUGACUUUGCAGCAACAAGGAGCUGAAUGUGCAAAUUAGACACACUCACACACACACACACACAGACACGCUCAGUAAUCAGGAGGAGUGUUUGAAUCGAUGGACCGGGGGGGUAAAGUGAAGAUACGGCUUCAGGACAAAAAGAGAGGGAGGGUCCGGGCGUGAGACGGAGAAUAGAGAGAAAAUUGGUCUGUCUGGGGGAGGGGACAAGUCCGGGGGUAAGUGGGGGAGGGGUUGACAGAGAGUUAGAAUGAUGGAGGAGUGAACAAAGAUUUAUGCUCCGCCCCUUUUUAACCCUUUAGUGUUGAUCAGGAGGUAAACAAGGAUCAGCUGAUCAGAGGGUCCAACAACGUCAACAAUCAUCAGCUGAUCUACACUCUGACAUCUAUGUCAUCUGGUUCUGAUGGAAAACUGGACCCAGUACUGUACUAAACCCCGCCCCCCAUAAAAACAGGGGUUAUGAUUGGUCCAACCUGAACCAGCUCUUGUACUGACACUGACCCGGUUCCUGAUAAACCGGGUCAGAUCUGAGUUCUGGACCUGACUUUAUAACCCUCUUCAGUCUGAUGUUGGUGUCAGGACUGUGUCUGAACUUUCCCACCAAUCAGCUGGAGGGUCAUGUGAUCAUGUGACCGCGCUGCUAUGUUUACCUCGCUGUGAGCGUUUGAAGGUGACGUGGUUUCAUCAGUGUGUGUGUGUGUGUGUGUGUGUGUGUGUGUGUGUGCGUGUGUGUUCUGAGGUCUCAUCAUGAGUUUCUCUCUAAGGUCUCUUUGUCUCCUGAGUUUCCACUAAAGUCCUCUGAUCUAGUCCAGACUCUGAGAGACUCUCCAAACCUCCGAGUCUCUCUGUCCCUCAGAGUCCAGGUACCCUAACCUUUGAGUCUCAGGUCUGUUGCCAUGGUGAUAGUUAGAAAAGGUGGACCACAGAGGGUACUGAGGUCCAACAGCCUGAAUGAAUGAGAGGAAUGUGGACUCUGAGGGGUCAGAUGAGGUCCAGAGGUGGUCAGGUUCCUCCUGU